AUGAUGUCCGGCAACUACUCAUCCAUCGACAAUCAAAACGUCUCCGGAUAUGUGCCGGCGGUCAGCGAUCGGCAUUCCCACGUUGCUGUAAAGUUUACCGAUUCCAGUCUGCAGACUUUUACGCCAGCCAGAGCUCACGGGAAGAUAUAUGCUGCCUCUGGACCCCCUCGUGAUGCUGAUGACACAUUUAGCAAACCUGUAUCUGGUUCUGAUGAGCCCCAGCAGAAUGGUUGGUUCCAAUCCUUCACAAUUGCUGCAUACAGACCCUACUUUGAUGUUGACACGUCUGAUGUUCUAGAAAGGAUCAGAGAUUCACUCUUUCCUUUCAGAGGUAGCUUCUCCGAGAAGACUGCAAGCAGCCCAGAUUUAUAUGGGCCUUUUUGGAUAUGCACUACCUUGAUAUUUGUGGCGGCUUCCAUUGGUACAUUUGUCACAUACAUAGCACACAAGCUGCAAAAGAAGGAAUGGGACUAUGACAUCAAUCUCGUGACCUGGUCUGCUGCUGCUUUGUCUGUAUGGCUACUCCCUGUUUAUCUUCAUUCAUGCUCUGUGUUUGUCGGUUAUCCCUCAGGAGAUUUUCCGUGGGUCAUUGCCGGUGUAGCUGGUUUCGUGUCCGCCUCGUUUGUGGCCCUAAACCUCAGAAUUCACAUCAAGUCUGCCGGAGAAAGUUGGUUCCUUAUCGUGACUGCUCUCUUCUUGUUGCAGCUUGCUCUUGCUUUGGCCCUUAAAUUCUAUUUGUUCACCGUGACCAUGUAA